CUAGAUCUUUUCUCAUUCAAUGCCUCUCUUUUCUUUGGGUAUAUAUAGGAUUGGGUAUUCAAAUCUUGUUACACCAACAAAAUUGCUAUCCCCCAUCGAAAGAAAAAAAAAAAACACAAAGUUGCUACCCACAUCAAAGUACAAUAUACCAAGUCUCAACAAAGCAUAGAAAUCCAACCCAACUUCAAUUCCAUCAUGGAGACUUAUUUCUACCAACACCCAAAUUCAGAUUUCUCCCAAGAAUCAUCAUUCGGAGAAUUUUCAUGGGAUGAACUUCUUUUCCACCAUAAUUCCCUUCCUUUCAACCUUGAUGACUCCCAAGAAAUGCUACUUCUAGAUGUCCUAGCCGAGGGAGCCAAAGAAACAUCAGAAAACAAUUCCAUAGGCAUAGUUAAGGAAGAGGAAGUCACAUCCAAUGUCCAAGAAGAAGUAUGUGAGAAAGAGAAGGCUUAUAGAGGAGUUAGGAGGAGGCCAUGGGGUAAAUAUGCAGCAGAGAUAAGGGAUUCAACUAGGCAUGGCAUCCGGGUUUGGCUCGGAACCUUUGAUAGUGCUGAGGCUGCAGCUCUAGCAUAUGAUCAAGCUGCAUUUUCAAUGAGGGGUUCCUUAGCUGUGCUCAAUUUUCCAGUUGAAGUGGUCAAGGAGUCACUACAAGACAUGAAGUACAGAUGUGAAGAAGGUUGCUCACCAGUUGUUGCACUAAAGAGGAGGCACUCCAUGAGAAGAAAAUCAAUGACAAGGAAAAGUAAAGGGAAAGAAGUGAAGUCACAAAAUCUGGUGGUAUUUGAGGACUUGGGAACUGAAUAUUUAGAGGAGCUUUUAAGCAUAAGCUCACCUGAGAGUUUCUAGUCCGUGGUGAAUCAUUUCAACCUUUUUUUUUUCCUUGUUCUAGCUAGUGUCACUAUUCCUUUGUUUUUUCCUUUUUUGUGGUUUUGGGUUUCUAUUGUCUCAGUUUGAUCUUAUUUUGGAGCACAAUUUUGUCCAGAUUGGGAAUCAUAGUGGGGUUAGACUUAGAGCUUAGAUCUAGCCGAGAGUGCUAGUAAUAAAUCCCGUUGUUUGUAAAGUUGUAAAGAUGGGAUUGUAAUUAAUUGCAUCAUCAUGUCUAUUAGCUACAUCAAUUAUUGAGGUCUAGAAUGGUACAUGGAAAAUCUGUUUAUUAUUGUUGA